CUAGGCCUCCGUCAGUUUGUUCGGGAGCAGUGCAUUCCGUUGGAGGUCCCCGAUAGUCAAAGGGCCUUUCAUGGCCGAGAUGGUCGGCAAGGUACUCGCGAUUGGCCCACGAAGUUGGCGAAAUUCAUCACGAUGUGGGACCACCGACAAAUGCAGGAUAUUGUCACUCCAGCUCAAGUGGGUCAAAUGGGGUAUCAUGACCCAUACUUGGAUCGAUAUCGGCAAACAUCGGUUCGUUACAUGACUCCGGAGGGUGCGGCCGAUGGUGCAUUAGCUGAUGGGAUCGAGCGGAUCAAAGAUAUGACCACCGAGAGAGUUGAGCUGGGCAAUGAAGAUGUUAGCUUCAUCAGG